UUGUACUUGUUCAAGCUACCAAUUUACUAAAUUCAAAAAUAGUUUGUUUGUUUUUUUCCCUGGAGAUCUUGUUUGAACUUUUUUGUAUGUGACUAUGCCUUUGCAUUUGUCACUUGGUUAAUCAUGUUAUAUCCAUAACAUAGUUGCAUUCCUUCAUUAGGGGCUUAAGUGUCUGAAUGCUUUCUGGAGCCAUUGUAUAUUAAGAUUUUCCAGCAGAGCAGAACAAUCAUCUGUGAACAGAUAAACCAGAGCGCUGAUUGUCAGCUGGCAGAGCAGACAGACAGAUAGCUGAUUAGAGCUGUGGAGCCAUGAGAUGAACAUAACCUGUGACAGGCAGACAAAUUAGGAGAGAGCUAAAGAGAUUUAUGUGCUCUAAUAAUAUCCUCCACUAACACAUUAGACAUCCAUAGAUGAUGUGGGAUAAAUAAGAGAGCACAUCUCUAUUCUGAAAUCUACCAGGGACAACACAAGAUACUGUAAGACCUUAUCCCUAAAAAUGCCUGAACAAGGUCAAGAAAGGAAGUCCAAGAUCUCAGCCUCAAGAAAACUCAUGCUAAAGAGUUUGAUGGUGGCCAAAGCCAAAGAGGAGCUGGAUCAGGAGGUGUUGGAUAAAGAGGAGGAUAAGCAGAAGUAUCUGAUGGAGAAAGCUCCUCCUCUGCAGACACAGAGCAUGUCAUUCUCUGAGCUUCAGGGACUCUGUCAAGAGCUUCAUGCUAAGAUAGAUUUGGUGGAUGAAGAGCGCUAUGAUAUUGAAGCCAAAGUCUUACUGAAUAAGCGUGAGAUCAAAGAUCUAAACAUUAAAGUUUUGGACCUGAGAGGUAAGUUCAAGCGGCCCCCGCUGAGGAGGGUAAGGGUGUCUGCAGAUGCCAUUCUCCGGUCACUGCUAGGCUCAAAACACAAAGUCUCCAUGGACCUACGAGCCAACCUCAAAUCUGUGAAAAAAGAAGAUACGGAGAAGAAGAGGCCGGUUGAGGACAGCGAUUGGAGGAAGAAUGUAGAGGCCAUGUCUGGUAUGGAGGGAAGAAAAAAGAUGUUUGAUGCAGCGAAAGUCUCCACCCAGUGAAACCUAGCGAAUCUCAAAGAAAAGUCUAUGCAGCCAUUUGGCAACUGAGGUUUAGAGUUGCAUUCUAAAUCAAAUACCAGAUUAUAAAGUAGGCUAGUUUAAUAGUCCAGUUUAUUUCAUGAUUAUUUUCAUGAUUUUAGGUUGAAGGAAGGUAGUGGAGUAAAAGUACAGAUACUAAACUAAAAAUGUACUCAAGGCAAA